AAGCGUUUCUGCUUUCUUAUCCUGUCUAUCCAAUUGAUAGUUUCUACUUUUUCUUCGCUAUUUGCACAAGUGCACACACACUUACACACAGACACACGCACAUACACAAACACAUAUACACACACAAACACGCGCACGAACAUGCACACAUACGACUAACAAAAUAGAGUCUAUAUCAAUAAUAGAUAAAUCACUUCAAAAUCAUAAUCAUGUCUAUUACACGACAUAUUUUCAAUUUCGCUCUAUCAUCCAUGUCUCUACGGAGCGUUGGCCGUUUGAUAAUGUUACUUUUCAUAGCCUCCAUAGUAUCACAGCACAAGCCAAUGUUAUGUUCAGCUAUUGUAGCAUGUCGACCAAUUCUACCUUGUAGGAAAUGUGAAACGCACUGGUUAAAGAAUUAUUGGAAUCCAAGCCGAUAUUUUCUCUGUCUGAACGGACGAGUAUAUAAGGGACUUUGUAGAGAUGCUAAUAUAUUUUCAUUAACACUAAAAUGCUGUAUACGCUCCUGGCAAUUAGAAUGGCAAGGCUGUGUUACAAAAGAAAUUGAUUACAAACCAACGAUUACCACUACUCCGAGUAUACCUCUAAACUACACAGGAGUCUGCGGUGACCAAAUUCUUGCUCACAUCGUUCCUGCUUAUCCUUCCUUACCCGGGUCGUGGCCGUGGCAAGUUAGCAUCCAAUGGUUCAACGAUUUUGGUGUCUAUGAACAUAUCUGCGGUGGAACACUCAUUACUGACCAAUGGAUCCUAACAGCAAGUCAUUGUGUAACUGAUUAUAAAAUCGCAGAUCUUCGAAUUGUCCUUGGUGCUUACAAUUUUUCGAAUCCAUUGUCAUCCGAAAUCGAGAGAAGAGUAAAAGAAAGUUUCAUCCAUCCGCAAUACAGUCGUGAAAUUAAUCGGCCUAAUGAUAUUGCCUUGAUAAAAAUGGUUACCAGAGUAAAAAUGAACUGGAAGAUACAUCCUGUGUGCUUGAUAAAUUACGAGAAACCUAACUGGAUCACUGACUAUUCUGAUUGCUGGAUUACUGGAUGGGGUGAUACAAGACACACUGGUGACCCGAAUGUGUUAAAUGAAUUGAAAGUAACCAUCACCGACAGGAACUCCUGUAAUUCAAGUUGGCAAGGAUUAAUUCUAUCCAGUCAUAUCUGUAUCGGAAAUGGUGUGACUGGAGCAUGCGCUGUAAGUAAGAUAAUGCAUUGCCUUCAUUUGACUUCGUUCUUUCUUGUUCAGCCAACAAUCCGUAUCUGUCCCUCAAAGGAAAUCAUUCGCAAUUAG